UUCAGACCACUUUAAAGUGGACCACAUCCACUGCGGACGAGCUUCUGGACGGUCGGAUCGAACUCAUCCAACGGCGAGAAAGGAUCGAAAACCAUCUGCAUCCGUUGAAUCAAAUACAAAGGAGAACAAGAAGAGGAAGAAAAGAAAUUUUCAGAUGCUAUCUGUGCCAAAGGUACUGAAAAAUCCCUUCCCUUUUCGCCUCAUUUUUGCUAUAAAUUACGGAACCAACCCUAACCCUCUUCCAGAAACCCUAGAUAAAACCCUAGAAAAAAUCUCAGAUGCCUUCUCUCAAGAAAAUCUCAAACUAAUUGACCCCAUCUCUGUCUCAAAAUUACGAUCCGACCACGUUGAACCCGUCAUCUACCACCUCCGGUCCAGACCCGAUUCCGCCAUCCGGUUCUUUGAGUGGUCCGAGCAUUUCCUAGGAUUCUCCCACACCGUCCGAUCUUUCUGCUGCGUCACCCAUGUAUUGCUCCGUUGGAGGAUGUUCGAUCAUGCACGCCGGGUCGUUGAUCGGAUGAUCCAACAGUUCGGGAAUUCUGACAUGUUCGGUGCCUUUUCUGAUGGUUUUCACAUAUAUGGCUCUAAUCCAAGUACAGUCUAUAGCUUCCUCGUCGAAUGUUACUGCCGGGCAGGCAUGAUCGAUCGGUCCGUUGAGACUUUCGUGCGAAUGAACGAAUUGGGUAUCUGUGUUUCGUCUUAUGCCCGAAUGGCAUUGUUGAAUUCUUUGAUUAAUACAGGACGGAUUGAUCUGAUUUUGGAGAUUUAUGGAGAACUAUCUGAUGGGUCGGUAAGGACAGGAUCUUCUGUGUAUAAUGACGUGAUCGAUGCAUUUUUUGAGAAGGGUGAGUUCCGAAAGGGUUUCGCUUUUCAUCGAGCUUUGGUUGGGAGAGGCUUCGCACCACACAUCAUCAAUUGUAAUAAGAUUCUUAGUAGCCUUUGUAAGGGGAAACAGAUAAGAACUGCGCAUGAUUUCUUUUCCACGGUUGCAGAAUCGGGUCCAUACCCAAAUGUUGUAACGUACAGCACUUUGAUUGAUGCAUAUUGUAAAGAGGGUAGGUUGGACGAGGCGCUUGAAAUUUAUAAGACUAUGUCGGAGAAGGGUGUUGCUCCCGAUGUGAUUGUUUAUGGUAUUCUUGUUAGUGGUUUCUGUAAGGCAGGUAGAGUGGAGGAGGGACAUCGUGUUCUUUCAACAGCUUUAGAUUGCGGGAUUAGGCCAGAUGUAGUGAUUUUCAGUUCACUUAUUGAUGGGUAUAUAAGAAUUGGAGAUGUACAGAAGGCAUUUGAUUUGUAUAUGAGAAUGAUGACGGAGGGGGUUUUGCCAAAUGUCAUUACUUAUAGCAUUCUCAUUGAUGGGUUGUGUGGGAGUGGUCGAAUUGGUGAGGCAUGUGGACUUUUCUGUAAGAUCAUAAAGCUGGGUUUCGAGCCGACUGUUUUGACAUAUAGUUGUCUGAUUGAUGGGUUUGGCAUUUUGGGAAAGUUGAGGGAUGCAUUUGAUUUGUACGAGCAUGUGAUGAGAAAAGGUUGUAUACCUGAUGUUGUCAUUUAUAGUGUGCUUAUAAAAGGUCUUAGCAAGGAAGGAAGGAUGAGUGAUGCUCUUAGGUUUUUCUUGAAGUCAGUAAAAGGGGGUUUAGAACCUAACAUCAUUAUAUAUAACACAUUGAUAGAUGGUUGGUGUAGGAUAAAAAGUUUAAGUGGUGCACUGAAGAUGUAUAGGCAAAUGGGAGUGGAUGAUGUAAUGCCAGAUGUAAUCACCUUCACCUUGCUUAUUAAGGCGAUAGCCAAAGAAGGGAGAAUGCAGGAAACAUUGAUGAUUUUCUUUCAGAUGCUAAAGAGAGGCUUCUUACCCGAUGCUGUAACAUACUGCACUCUGAUUGAUGGGUUCUGCAAGCAGAAGAAUGUAAUGGCUGGGUUACGGGCUUUUGAGCUGAUGCUCAAAACCAGUGUUAUUCCUGAUAUCGCAAUUUAUAAUGUCCUCAUUAAUGGUCUUUUCAAGGAUGGCCGUAUGGAAGAGGUGUCAGAGAUUUUCCACCGGUUUAUAGAAUGUGGUUUGGAGCCUGAUGUUGUGACAUACAACACAAUGAUCAGUGGCUACUGCUCUGCGCAAAAAUUGAAUGUGGCGGUUCAACUUUACCAAGAGAUGAUGGGUCGAGGACUGCAACCAAAUAUCAUUACUUUCACUAUUUUGAUUGAUGCUUUUUGUAAAGAUGGUAGAAUGGAUGAUGCUGUGUUAGUUUUCACUACAAUGCUCAACAGGGGUCCUCUACCAAAUGUUGUGACAUAUAGUUCUUUGAUCGAUGGUUACUUCAAGGCUCUUAAAUUUCAAAACGCCAUCGAACUUCAUGAGGAGAUGCUCAAAAACAAGGUCUCUCCGAACAUUGUUAGUUACAGUGUUCUUAUUGAUGGACUUUGCAAAGAAGGUCGAAUGGAGAAAGCAUCAUUGGCCUUUCAUUGUGCUAUAGACCGGGGUUUGUUGCCAGAUGUUGUCGCAUAUGGAAUUUUGAUUCAUGGCUACUGCAAGGUUGGAAGACUGGCCGAAGCCAUGAUGUUGUACAAUAGGAUGCUGGUUGAUGGUGUAUCACCUGAUAGUUUUGUAUAUAAUACACUUGCAGAAUGUCUUUAUAGAGAGGAUCAGAUAAGGAUAGUUGGAGAGUCCAGUGGAAGGCUCUUAGAAGGGUGUAAUCUCUCAAAGGCAUAUGAUACUUUGCUUUUAGAUGCCCCUCAAAAGAAAUGUAGCCAAGAUGAGUGAUAGUUUUUCAGUGCCACGAUUUCUUUAAGCCUAUCAGAUUUAUAUAGUUAGCAUGACUGUUUGAAGAUGCCAAUUUCUUUUUUGAGAAAUAAUGA